AUGAAGGCAUUCUCUAUUAUUGCCUUUGCUUCACUCAUUUCAGCAGUAUUUUCGCAACAGUUGGCAAACAAUGCAACAGCCUCAUUCAAUAAGGAUGAGGACAAUUACCCCUUUAAAACCGAAAUUACAAAUGCCACUUUAAACGGAUAUACAAUCGAGUAUCGAAACUACUACAAGAUUGUUACAAACACCAUCCUGGGAAAGACAUAUUGUUUGGUAAGCGGGAAUCAAGGCGUUCCUGAAGGCUGUUCCACUGAAUCAGUCAUUCAAGUUCCCGUACAAAGCUUCAGCCUCGACAGGGAUUCAUAUGGUGUCGUGCCUUUUAUCGAGCUACUCGGUCUGCAGAACAAUGUCAUCAAGACAAGCACAGCCAACAUGACCUCUCCCUGCAUCAAGGACGGAAGUGCAGACACUAGCACAAAUUCACCUCAAUUGGUCUUUUCGUCAUCAAGCUCAUUUGGUGCCUCAUAUGUCGCAUUCUCAGGCGAUGAUGAUAGAUUAGCCCCGCUUCAGAAAGCUUCGUGGUUGAUGUAUAUCGGCGCAUUCUUUGAUAUGGAGCUGAAGUCAUAUUCCAUUUACACUCAAAUCUCUGACAAUUACAACUGCCAUAGGCGCAAUUUGGGGUCUCCUCUGACACCAAAGGCUGUCUCUUGGACUACAUUUGAUCCCUCUACUCACUUAUUUACUGUGCACAGCGAUACUUAUUAUGCUCAGCUAAGUCAAGAUGCAGGUGGUCGACUCGUAUCCACCAAUGUUGCUCAAGGAGAUACAUUCAAAACCAACUACACGACUGACUUACUGCCUUUGGCUAAUACACUUCGUGGAGCCGACUUCAUUAUCGACUCCAGUGCGUUGGACGUGGACUACAAAACUUGGCUUGGAGCUGAUUCCAUGUACUUUACUGGGGGGAAUGGCAUUCAAAAAGUCAAUGCCAUUGUCAACAAUCAAGUGUAUUCAAUUAACGGCCUUGUAAGCAACAAUCAGUCAGAUUGGUUUCAAAGAUCAGCCGCUCGUCCUGAUCUUGCGUUACUGGAUUUGAUAAAGCUCUUCUAUCCUGAUUUUGCAAUCGAGGCCAGCUCUGAUAUUAUCCAAUUUCCUGUCUGGUUAACUCCCUUCGCAAAUGAAACAACAACUAGUCGUGCUAUUACACCUGAAAUUUAUGGCGGUUGCGCUAACAUGGCCAGCACAGCAUUUGCGCAAUCUGCAUGUAACAUUGGCGGCAAUUCUCUCAGUGGAGGCCAAUACACAAAGAAAUUAUCCACAGGAGAAACUGCAGGCAUCUCUGUAGGCACAGUCAUGUUUAUAAUUGUAGCUGCAUGUCUUGGUAUUUGGCUGUAUCGCAGAUAUCGCAGACAAAAGAGACAUAACUUUUAUCGCAUGAACGAUUUCUAA